UGCUGCAUGUUAAUAACUGAACCUUUGAUAUCAACAUAUUGCAGCGUACCAACCACCAAUUUUAGACCAGCUAUCAGGAAAACUACAGUAUGCACGGGGUGCACUAAUUCAUUUUUAUAUCCAGUUCUCUUCCCAAAAAAAUAGCACGGGCAACAAAACUAAUUUGUGAUUCACUAUAAACUAUUCAUCCAACCAUCUAUUUUCUAUACCGCUCGUCCUCAUGGGGUCAAGGGCCAACUGGAGCCUAUUCCAGCUAGCUUCAGGCAGGAGGCGGGGUACACCCUGGACUGGUCUGUAGCCAAUCGCAGGGCACAAAUAUAUAAAAACAACCACGUUCACACCUGUGGACAGUUUUAAGUUUCCAGUUAACCUUAACUUGCAUAUGUUUGGAAUGUGGGAGGAAACACGAGUACCUGGAAAUAUACUUGUAUUAUAUGCACAAUAUCAAAAGGGAAAUUAGGAAAUGAAGUUAGGAAGCAGCACCCUGUCAGCGCUGUUUACAGUUGGAACGGGGGCCUGCUGGCCUCAACUGACCCAGCGUCCGUAGAGGAAGCAGAGUCCGAGGACACCAAUGCGGACGUGUCCGUCACCGUUUUGCUAUGUUUCGGCACACAAAUCUAGAGUUCUGACAUGUAUGCUCUCAGGGCAUUCAGUCGAUCGCAACUGGGCUGUUCAAGUCUUAGAAGACGUUUCGCCUCGCAUCCGAGCAGGUUUCAUAAGUCCAUGCUCAAAGACUAGGUGGGACACACACGUCAGACUAGAUAGGACAGCUCCAGCCUGGUGCAAGGUCCAAUCUAUUUAUCCUCUUUUCACAGACAUAAAUGCUCUCACCAUCAAUUAGUCAUCAACACACUUUAAAGCCAAACCUAAACCCACGUGAGGGUGUGAUAUGGACAGCUAUUGUAUCCCAACACACACACAGACGAACGGGGGCCGCUUCCCUCGUCUCCUCCCCAACGGCUUUUAAUAGACCCACUUGGUCUGAAAGCUGCAGCUGCUUGAGUGCAUCCACCAUGUUUGACCCUCAGAGACCUUUAAAGGGCAACGAUGUUAUUUUUAGACAAAAGCUGCCAAUUGAAAGUAUUGUUUAGAAUCUGCGUAUUUGAAUGUUGCAAUAAAUUCCCUUUCGAUAAGUCAGCUUUUUCCGAACUAAACUACAUGAGAGCGAUGUGAAAGAGUAGUCAAGUGAGACACUUGCGGUCGCUAAUACGUGCAUUCAUGCUUGAUGUGUCGUUCAGUAGAAGGGGGACGGUCGUCUUACAACUAAAUGUAAGCAAAUGUAUAGGUUACAAAUAUUAUUUUUAUUUGCUCGCACCGCAACACCCUGCAGCCCCCACCUGUGUCCUGGCUCUCUGUCUGUCUCUCAUUUCCCUCAAUCCACAUUCUUCUUCGGAGCUCUCCUCCUCUUCGCCGUCCACCAUUCCACAGCUCGCUACUCACCGCGUUGCAUCCUCUCCGCUCGCUCUGCUUUCAACAAGCAAGUGUCCUUCCCUCCUUCACUGAAUCCGUCUCAAAUUAUUGAGGCCCAACACAAAUUCUGACACCAUGGCUGACAGAAGUCAUGUUCUGAGAAGGAAGGAGAGACAAGAAAAAGAGGCUACCGAAAAGACCAAGGAUGCAAAGGGAAUGAAGAAUGAAGGAGAACACGCUCAGGACAAUGGAGAGGUGCCACCGGCUGGGGCGUCGUCUACCAACAAUGCAACCGGUGAUGGUCAAGAUGAAGAUCUUCAGCUUGAGCCAAUGGAACUACCUCCGUUUGAAAUAGCCGCAGGGGAUCGGAUCGAUCCUUUUGCAUUCAAGUUCCAGUUCAAGAAUGUUGAAUACUCUUCGGGCCGCAACAAGACCUACUUGUGUUACCUGGUGGAUAAAGGGAACACGCCUGAUGGGCUUCUGAGAGGCUGUCUGGAGGAUGAGCACACCGGACCUCACGCUGAGGAGGCCUUCUUCACACAGUGCCUGUCGGACUACAACCCUUCACUGAAAUACACAAUCACCUGGUAUGUGUCGUCUAGUCCCUGUUCGGCUUGUGCUGCAAAGAUAGCCGAUGAGUUGAACGCCAAGAAAAACAUCAAAAUGAGCAUCUUUGCUGCUCGGCUGUUUGAGUGGGAAGAAGCAGAGAUCCAGGCUGGGCUGAAGGCUCUGCAUAAAGCUGGAUGUAAGGUGAGAAUGAUGAAGCCGCUGGACUUCUCCUACACCUGGGAUACAUUUGUGGAGAAUGAGGACCAACCUCUUAACCUGUGGGAGGACUGCAAAGACAACUAUGAGUAUUAUCACGAGAAGCUGGCCGAUAUUCUUCAGUGAGCAUUUUUGGACAGUUCCUCGGUAGGAGUUCCGCAGUGCAGAAGCGGCAGUGUAGUGUAGGAAAGACCCUUUUGUGUACUAAUGUGAAUCUUGCUGACAUGUACUACGUUGCUGUUUCAAUUGCGGUCAUAACAUUUUAUACAAAUUGCACACAAAAAUAGCAAAACACAAUAAACUUUUUUUUCCCCAACCACGUCGCACUCCAGUAUGCCUCAUAAUGAAAUGUACUACGCAGAACACCUGCAGAGGCAACUCCUUGAACGUACACAAGUACUGUGACUUGCUGCUGAUGUUUGAACAGGUAUUUCUCGUGGAAGUGUGUAUAAUCUCCUCAACAGUAAGUCGUAUUGAGAUGACACCGAGACCUCAGACUGUGUGGCACGGAACCAGGCACCAAUGUUGGAGGACCUUCAGUUGUUGAUAUACUGGAGAGUCCCGUCCAUCCAUCCAUCCAUCCAUCCAUCCAUCCAUCCAUUUUCUAUGCCGCUUCCCUGUAUCGUCCCAAGGUGUGUUAACAGAAAUGAAUGGGCUGGCCCUAACCCUCUUGUUAGUGCAGUACCGGACUGUGUCCAGCAGAGGGAGACCUAGGAUCUUUGACAAGCGCUUUUGUCCUCUGACAUCAGUUAUCGGUGCUACAGGGACAUCCAAACAAUACUCCAUUCAACAAUGAAAGGCAACCAAAAUGUCCUCUCUUAAUAUGUGGUGCUUAAUCAGAAUUUGCUAAAUGUGUUUAGUCUGUGUGCUAUCCGUCCUGGGGCUCGAACGCAGGCUAUUUGUAAUGGGAGGCAAGAGCGCUGACCACACGGCCAAAAGCCCGGACUGUCGACCGCGUGUUCAGCGCAGCUCUUGAGGCAGAGGGAAUGAGGUUUACCAACGUACACUUGCACAGCCUCACAGGCUGGCAUCCGUUACGUGUGUGAUUUGACCUUUGACUGCCAGUCUUUUGUAACUUUAUGGGAUCUUAUAAAUACGUGUAGGUCGUAUCAGUUUAAGCUGGCUUACGGCAACAGUUUUUUGUUGUAACUUACACUCUUUUCCAUUUAACUUCUGUAAAUACUUCAUUUAU